AUGAAGAAUCAUGCUUGUGCUAUUGUGAUUGAUGGUCAUCAUACUGAUAUUGCUUUGAAGAUCUAUAGUAAUCGUGUACUAGCAGUUAUCACACAGUUUAAAAAGUUUGGGACGUUGGUGGUAGUAUCCCGAGGAACUGUAGUACACGAGUUAAAUAACAGGACAUUUUCUACGAAGGUUUUGUUUGGAAAAGAUGAUAUCGAAGUCGUUGCAGCUGCACGAUUUAUAACGGAACAGAUCGAUGUGGAUAAACCUGUAUUAGUAUCAAUUUCUUUGAAAAAUUAUGAUCCGAAAACUUUGAAAGCUAUCGCCAAGGCUGUAAACGAAAUAAAAUCGUGGUAA